CCAAGAUAGGUGCGCAUCUCCGCCCAUAUUGCAUGAUCGUUUGUCUGACAACUAGGCUUGAUUUGCCACUGAGAUCGCUCUGGUGAUCAUCCUGUCAUCACCUACACCAACCAAACCGGCUCCACAGCAUCGCAAAGCUGCUCCAAGCUCAUCCUCGCAUUCCCCCCUGUCAUGCAUGCCCUCCAAGCUGCUAACCUCGACAUUUCCGCUGACGAAACCAUCGUGUUCUCUCCUGUCGGGAUCACCGAGUAUUGGUCAGGUGCCGUGAGCGUUGCAGCCCCCGGUGGCUUCAGGUAUGAAGCAGAGACAUACGAGGCUGUGGGUCAGCCUUCUGCGUUCGUCCGACUCUUCAACGAGUCAUCUGUUGCAACGACAUGGUCAUGGGGGAAAUACAGGGGCAGUCAGACGAUGGAAGAGGCGCGGAUACUCCUCAAAGAAACGCUUUCCAAAGUCAACAAGGACCCAAGAAAUGCGACGGAGUUGCCGCGUCCUGUCACCGAUGACGACAUCAAGGAGUUUGAGAAGUGGGACUAUUUCGCACACUACGAUCCGCGAGAGCUACGCGCGGGGUUUUAUGGCAAGUUUGAUGCAUUGCAAGGGAAGCAGAACACGUAUUAUGCAUCCUCCCCUAUGGCAAACCAUCGAUCACUUCUUCGUCACGAGUAGAAGAGAGGCGCCUUCGGUUACCUGGUGACUGCGGCACAACC